CACACCCACAGCCUGCUUUGCCUGAACAGUGUGGAGCUGAGACCCUUGGUGUGAAGUUUAGCUUCUUUCUGGUCAGCGUGACUUUUGGAGGAUAAGUAACCUUGCCAUUUACUGGACUUACUGGAACACCACUGUGGAAAACCAUGGAUCUCAGACAGAACUCUGACAAAGAACCCAGUAUUGAGCUGUUCAUAAAGGCCGGCCAUGACGGGCAGAACGUGGGAAACUGCCCAUUCUGUCAAAGACUUUUCAUGGUUCUGUGGCUGAAGGGAGUCAAGUUCACAGUGACAACUGUGGACAUGAAGAAGAAGCCAGCGGAGCUAAAGGACCUGGCCCCAGGGACCAACCCUCCUUUCCUGCUGUACAAUGGGGACCUCAAAACCGACUUCAUCAAGAUCGAGGACUUCCUGGAGCAGACCCUGGCCCCUCCCAGGUACCCCCACCUCAGCCCGCUGAACAAGGAGUCCUUCGACGUGGGUGCCGACAUCUUUGCCAAGUUCUCCGCUUACAUCAAGAGCAGCCCCACCAACACCUUCCAUGAGAAGGCCCUGUUGCGGGAAUUCAAGAGACUGGAUGACUACCUGAACACCCCCCUUCCACAGGAAAUAGACCACAACUCCACCGUGGAUGUGCUUGUCUCCAAAAGGAAGUACCUGGACGGAGAUCGCCUCACACUGGCAGACUGCAACCUGCUCCCCAAGCUCCACGUCAUCAAGAUUGCGGCCAAGAAGUACUGCGACUUUGACAUCCCAGCCCAGUUUACAGGUGUGCACCGCUACUUAAAGAAUGCUUAUGAGAGGGAGGAGUUCAGUCACACCUGCCCGGCCACCAUUGAGAUUGAGAAGGCCUACCUGGACGUGGCUGGAAAGAGGAAAUAAAUGACCUGUCCUAACUGCUGUACUCUCCACCCCCCUCAUGCUUCUUCAUGACUUUCUGAGCAAUGACCAACCCCAAUACACUAUAACUUGAAAAUCUUGGACCUUCUCACAGAGCAGAAUUGCCACUGGAGAUCUGUGGGAAGCUUUGCCCCUUUAUGGUGGUCCAAUUAAGAGGAGCUCCAAGAACCCUUGUCCAAGAGGAGGAGAGUCAGGAUGAGGAUAUUACUUCACUAUGAAUACUUUUGCUUGCCCUCAGUACCACUAAUGAACUGUGUGAUCAGACAGGUAACCCCAGAGCCAUAUGUUUGUCUCUCAUUUGGGAAAACAAUUGUUUGAUCCCUGAUUGUGGUCAUGAGUCAGUCAUGUAGAAAAGGAACUCCAAGCAGCAUCAUGUUUUAUGUCCCUCCAUUUCACACACAGUAAUGGCAGAUUGGGGAAGCUUACCAACUCUGAACUGAACUAAAAACUAAGGAGAAUAUUGUUUCUGUAAUGUAAAUAUAUCAGCACUUGAAGAGGCAGAAGUUUCUCAAUUGACAUUUAUCUCAGAGUGCCUUUGAUUGUUUUGCCAGCAAUUAAUUGUUUAUUAAUUAUCCUUACCAAUCGGCAGCUGAUUCCCUUUUCCUACUUGCUUCUUGUGAAUGCAUUUGUUUUCUUCAUGUCAGGAUCAUGCAGAAAAUAUAUACUUGUUAUUUGACCACAUGUAUAGAUUAGUGCCUUGUUCUCUGUGCACACAACACGGACACGAUGAAGACACGUAGAUCUGUUAUUCUGCACAGACUCUGCAUCAUAAAGAGCACGUAUUUUUUGUCAGCAUCCUCAUUGGCCAUUGUUGCACUUCAUAGGCCUGUCACAGUAGAAUUUACUAUAUAAAUAAAAUCCUUAUACAGGUUAAAUCGAUUUUUACUGAAUUAAGCUGCAAUUUAUCAUUUAAGUCCUCUAAUAUGGUGUAAGGAAAAUAACCACAAAAUAUUAAGAAAAAGGAAAUCAGUUAAACCUGUCAAUGUGUGUGAACAAUUCAGCUGAAAUGAAACACAUCAAACAAAACAAAUGAAAACACUGAGAGCAAUAAUCAGUUUAAAGGUUACAUUUCUGCCUCAUGUAUUUCAAGCCCAUGAGCUACCACUUAAAUAUUUGUAUAUUAUAAUGUGCUGAAUACAUAUUCACAAGGCUUUAACUAUACUGGUUAGGCCAAGCAGACAAAGCAGCCCUAUAUUAAUGUUAUGAUCCACUGACAUCCUGAUGAGGUGGUCCAUCUUAUAGAUGACAGCUAAUGACAAUGGGGUGGUGGGGAUGAUGAUGAUGAUGAUGAUGGAAAUCCUACAUCAAACAGGAAAACUUGCACAGAUAAAUCACAUCAUCAGGACUAUUCUUGAAUAAGGAUGAGGUAUUUGAAACAGCAAUGAAUACUCGACAUAUGUCUUGCCUAAUACUUUAUAAUAUCCAUCUGUGUUUGUCUAAUAAAAAAGGAAAAGCUUUUAACUGGAAAAUAUAUCCUGUCAGUAAUCUUAAUGAUAG